AUGCAUGAGGUCGCACUGGGCCAUGGCGCGGAUAUAAGAGCCGGGCGAGUUGCCCCGGACGAUCGUCGUCGACCAGGGUCUCGCGGCGACCAUGCUGCCCGUCUGUCUGUCUGUCUGUCUGUCAUCGACAAGUGCGACGGCGCGCUCUGGCCGGCGACCGGAUCCAACUUCGCCAGCCCGUUCAUCCCAGGGUCUGUCAGCCUGGAGGACCCGAUGGCCUGCCCGUGCUUCUCCAGUACGCCGUGGGUCGGGCUCCGGCCUGGCUGCUGA